AUGUCCAUCUGGAGUCCUUCGGGGGGGGCUCCGCAGAGCGGGAGCACGGAGGCUGCCGCUCGCCCGCAGGUGCGAGUUGUGGGAGCAGAGGAGGGUAUCCGCUACUCCCGAGUUUGGUUAUUACGCCGACUCAGGACUAAGUCGAGCAGCGCGGGUAGCGCCGCUGGGGGGCAACCAGUUUGCCCCGGACGCACGGUCUGGUGCGUCAAAAGCGUUUUGAGAGCCAACGGGUCUACUUCAAUCUGGUUAGUGUGCGUGUGAUGAGUGCCGUGCUUGUAAUCAGAUAGGCUUGAAGUAGUUUGGCUGAUCUCGAAAU